GGACCAGAGUGCUUAUCGCAGUUCAACCUCAGUGUACGGCCUACAUUCAACUCGACUGGCCUCUGUCUGUAGCGACUUUCUGGCUCCACUUAGGGCUCAAUUUUCUGCACGGCAACUGUAUAUCGUUUCUGUUAUCGACGACGAUCGUCAUCUGUGCUUGAGUCAGCAGCGAUAUUGUGUUGUGGUCGCAUAAUUUGCUUCAAUUGAGAUCCUUUUAAUGGCCCGUCCUCGCCGUGACCAAAUGCAAGAAGAUAUCGAUCAAGUUCACGAGCUCAUGAGCUCAUCGUCAGGCGUCCCCCUUCCUACGCCCACCACAGUAUCAUCCAGGUCUCCCCAGUCUCUCCGGGCGAGACCACGGUAUACUUUCUCUUCUGCACCCGCCUCGGGCUCUGCUUCUAGCCCUCAGGCUAGCUCUUCAUCUGUAUCUCAUGCCAGCAGAGCGACACCAGAUGUCACCUCAGAAGCCGAUGAAUCACUUGCGAUGGGUGGAACAAAUCCUCCUGCUUCUUUAUCCACUGUCUCGGAAAUAAAUCGCAAUGUUCACGGCGAAUAUAGGCGGAAGCAACGGAGACUGGGGCAUAGUUCAAAUGGCAGCUAUGGCGGAGAUGCCGAGACGGCUGAGACUGGAGACCUCAAAGUUCGAUCCGGACACUUACCGCACAUUAACCCGCUUGCCGCUGGUGUGUCAACACACGGAGCCAGUUUUACCAUUUCACAGGACGCGCGGAGCAUGCACACUGCGUCGACAGAUGCAGUGUCAGCAGACUUAAUACGAUGCCUGAGUCCCUUAGUGGCUGAGGAGACGCCGAUUGCUGGGCCCAGCCGGAUUGAGGCUCACUACGAAGGACAGCAGGCAGAAUCCAGUACUGUGACUCAGCAUCAUAGCGGCACAAUCGAUGCAGUCCUCAUGCCGGAGAAGAUAGGCUCAGGAGGCCAUUCUGUGAUGAUUCCCUCAACUUCAGUAGGCGGGCCUAUGGGAAGAGACGAAAUCCCGCAGGCUGGUCUAAGUGUCUCCCAUCCAUCUUCGUCGAAGCGCAAGCGGGAGGCGACCAUAGAUACCCGAGAACAGACGCCUUCACAGGCGAAUGAGCCUUUAUCAGCAUAUACGUGCCCCAUCUGCUUCUCUCCGCCGACGAAUGCGACUGUCACUCCGUGCGGGCAUAUCUGCUGUGGGGACUGCCUCUUCACGGCUGUGAAGACGUCCAUGCAACGUGCAACAUUCUCUGGGCCGAUGGGGGAACGGCUAGUCGCGCGCUGUCCCGUCUGUCGUGCUCCAAUUGCGGGCUGGGAUGGAAAGGGUGGUGGUGUAGUGGGGCUUAGGCCAAAAAUGGUCUACAGUCUGUGAGCCCGAACUGCACGGCUUUAUUAGACUUGAUGGACGCGUGUCAAUGUCGUGAAUGGGCCAUUAUCUAGAUUCGUUCCUUUUCGGAAGCUUGCCUCGUGACUGCGGAAAGACCCAAGAACAUCAGUGGAACCUAGGUUGGGAUGAACCUGUCAGUUCGUCAAAAUUAUCUAGCCCCCGUCGGCCCG